UUUCAGAUUGCAACAAAUCUUGGUGACAUUCAUCACUUUAUGAAUGGUACAUUUUUUGGUGUUCAGCAAAAGAUUUUAUUGAAAGAAAAGAGUCUCUGGGAAGUAACUGUCGAGUCACUGAGACACCUGACAGAGAAAGGACUCCUACAGAAAGACACUGUUAAUAACUCUGAAGAAGAGUGCCGAUGUGAUUUUCACAUUACGAAACUGGGACGAGCUUCUUUUAAGGGAACUAUAGAUUUAGCUUAUUGUGACAUUCUCUACAGAGACUUGAAGAAAGGUCUUGAAGGCCUUGUGCUGGAAAGCUUUCUCCAUCUCAUCUACCUAACAACUCCCUAUGACCUGGUUCCCCAGUGUGACCCAGACUGGAUGGUAUACUUCAGGCAGUUUAGCCAACUCAGUCCCGCAGAACAAAGCGUAGCUUCUCGUCUUGGAGUCUCUGAAAGCUUUAUUGGGAAGAAGGCAUCAGGUCAAGCCAUCAGAAAGAAGGUGGACAAGAACAUUGUCAACCGACUGUAUUUGUCUUUUGUUCUUUAUACCCUGCUCAAAGAGACCAACGUUUGGAGUGUGUCUGAAAAAUUUAACAUGCCUCGAGGAUACAUACAAAAUCUUCUCUCCGGAGCUGCCUCAUUCUCAUCUUGUGUGUUACAUUUCUGUGAGGAACUUGAGGAGUUUUGGGUUUACCGAGCCCUGUUGGUGGAACUUAUCAAGAAGCUAACGUACUGUGUAAAGGCAGAGCUGAUUCCUCUCAUGGAAGUGACCGGAGUUCAGGAGGGUCGAGCAAAACAAUUGUACAAUGCAGGUUACAAAAGCCUAACGCACUUAGCUAAUGCAGAUCCGGAAGUGCUAAUAAGGACAAUUGACCAUUUAUCAAGACGCCAGGCCAAGCAGAUUGUUUCCUCAGCAAAGAUGCUGUUACAAGAAAAAGCAGAGGCAUUGCAGGAAGAAGUAGAAGAGUUACUGAGGUUGCCUCCUGAUUUCCCUGGCACCAUGGCUGCCUCCAUUGAAAAGGCAUGAAGCUAUCUGAUGAUUUCAAAAAUGAAUUAUUUAUUCUCCAUAUAUUUUAUUAAAGAUUCUCUAUACUUAUAAAAGAAAAAUAUUUUUUAAUUAUACAUCA